GCUUCCUCUCAUCGCCAUAUUUGGUAGUGAGCGGAAACGCCAACCGGAUGCUUCACACUUGUACUAACAGUGAAAUAUCUGGCUCAUCUGUGGAAACAGCUUGCCUUUCGUUAGCUAUUUAAAAAUAUAUCUGUUGCUGAUCGUUGUCCAAAUAUCACCAUCAGGAAAUUUGAAUCCAGGGACAGGGUCCAACCAAGUCCAGACAAGAUGAACAUGUUUGAUCGGAAUAUACAUUUUGAUUGCCUUUUUAAAUUUUCCCAAAUCUCCCGCUCCACUCAGCUGCACCUGAAGAAUGUCUACUCCAGCCUGGCCCUGUGCAUGUUUGUGGCUGCAGCUGGAGCCUACGUCCACGUCAUCACCAGACUAUUCCAGGGUGGGCUGUUGACAAUAAUGGGCUCCCUGGCCAUGAUGGUCUGGCUGAUGAUGACCCCCCACUGCCCUCAGACGGAGAAGAAGAGACUGGCUAUCCUCUCUGGCUUUGCCUUCUUCACAGGUGUUGGUUUGGGCCCAACCAUGGAUUACAUAAUCUCUAUUAACCCUAGCAUCAUAGUUACAGCCUUCCUGGGGACCUCCAUCAUCUUUGUGUGCUUCACACUGAGUGCUCUUUACGCCCAGCGUAGGAGCUUCCUCUUCCUCUGGGGUACUCUGACAUCGGGAUUGUCCAUCCUGCUCCUGGUCUCUUUCCUCAACAUGUUCCUGGGGUCUGUCAUGUUGUUCAAGGCUCACAUAUACCUUGGCCUGGCCAUCAUGUGUGGAUUUGUGCUAUUUGACACUCAACUCAUCAUUGAGAAGGCUGAGAUGGGAGACAAAGACUACAUAUGGCACUCUGUGGAUCUCUUCUUGGACUUUGUGACUAUCUUCAGGAAGCUAAUGGUUAUUCUGGCCAUGAAUGAGAAGCAGGACAACAAGAAGAAGAAGUAAAUUAAGUGGAGGAAAGAUCUGUGACCUGGAAUUGCAUCAGGAGUGCGUCUGGUGCAUUCGCCUUAACUGCUUGAUCAUUAUGAAUUAUUUAGACCAUGAUUUGAUUUUGUUCUUUGGUAUAUUGUCUUAAUUUUUAGGAACCGAUUGGUUGCAUUUGGAAUUUGACUUUGGCGUAAGGUUUGAUGUCUUUGAGCUUUGAUGUUAAAGGUCUAGAAGUCCCAUUUUGAAGGGACCGUGUAGUUGCUUUGAAGUAAUUAACACAGACUUAUUUUGAUAGUUAUUUUCACAUUGUGUUGAGGAGACGAUUAUAAAACAAUAUAUAUUUUCCAUGUGAACAAUGCCUCAAAUUAUUAAAGGCCACUUUUUAUAUACCUAAUGAUAAGUACAAUGACAGUUUGCAUUUGUGGGACCUCUUCAGCAGCUGUUAAUAUAAUGGAAAUGGAUACAUUUACUGCAAAGAGGAUGACAAUUCUGUGAAUAUUAUCUGUUCAGUUGGGAAUUCUGCCACUUAAAUAACCCCCCACACCAUAUUAGUCUCAUAACAAUGACAUCGCAGGAUUUCAGCGUUGUGAUGAAUGAAGAACAUGAGUUCGUAGGGUGGUCAUUUACAUGGUUUAUCAUUGUUAUUAGCAUACCGGUAUAAGAAAUAUUACUACUUCUAUUACAGUACAAUCCCUUUCUCGGACAUUUAUUUUAUGUCUGUUAACUGAUCAGAGUAAUUUACUGGUUUCAUUUAAGACAUUGUUUUUCUCAAAGUGAGGAUGCUCUUAUAUUAGUAUUUUUAUUUUGUAGGUUGUCAUUUAGGGGAUGUUAUCAGUUUUUUUUAUAAGAUGCAAGCGAUUGCAUUCGAGGAUUUUAAUCAUGUUAAAUAUCCAGACCUGGCCCAAAGCACCUCAAUCAACAUAACAAAUGAUUGCUAUAGGAGUUGUAUGGUAAUUGCUGGUGGUGUUGUCCGCUAUGGUGUCUAGAAAGUGAUAUAUAUAUUGAUUGACUUGUGUUGAGAAGUGUGAUAUAUUUUCCAGAUAUUUCUUUUGUCAAGCUUGUUCUGUCUUUUCCUUAAAAAAAGAUUUGGUGCUUGAAACGGGUGAACAGUAGAGAACCUGUAUUUCAUGUGCUAUGGAUUUUAUUUUAUGUAUUGAGGUGAAAUGAAAUAAAUAUAUCCCACUCAUCUUAAAAGAA